AAGAUGAUGUGCUGGAAGUUUUGAGAUUGUGCAUUACGGGUUUUGCAGAAUAAGCGGUCAAUGUUUAGUGUAAAACUGCUAGAAACGCAUUUAUUUUUUCUCUUCAAUGUGCUCUGUUAGUGGAAAAAGUGAUUAAUAGAAGCCGGUAAGCACAUAUUUCUAAUAAGAUGGACCGACCAUGGUCUUAGCCUGUCUGGAGGGACAAGUACAAACAAAAAAAAAAAAAAAAUAUUUCUAAUAUUGUGAGUGUAAGGUUGUAGAUUUAAGUUGCUUAGGGUAUUUUGAUAAUGACGUGUUCCUUAAGUAAUUAACUGGUUAUAAAGAAGGACUACAGACAAAAGUAACGAAAAAUCUAUAUAAACUGUAAGCCGGUCAUCAUUGAUAACACGUAUAACAAUAUAGAUUCCUCUCAAACUUGGCUUUAUGGAUCUGAUGGUCUGAGCCAGUAAAAGUCAGAGAGAAAAAAAAGAUUCCCCUAUUCAAUAAGUAAUGAGACAGGAUCAAGUACAAUAAUUUCUUUUUCAAAAGCAAUAUUACCACACAAAUCGUCAUAGCUGAUGCGUCAUUGAUGUUCAAGUGUGAGCCCGCAAAUAUCUUAUCGAACAAUGCAAUAAAUGAUUAUAGAUAUCAAUUGUAAAUAACGCAAACUUCAAUAGUAACCAGAGCUCGCCUCAGUCAAUUGUAAAGCCGGAAAAGUACAAAACGUCGGGCGAAAAACUUCCAGCAAUUCAUUGGUUAUCUGUUACUGAACACGACCGGAAGGUGCUGGGAUGUGGCUGGCUGUUGUAGCGGCCCUUGCCAUAGCGGCUGUAGUGGCCGUGUCCGAUGCAGCCGGAAACGAUGCAAAUUUCUUAUUUACGAGCAAGCGCCUACCGGAAAAAGCCGUCACCCCAACGCUAGCAAACGGGCACCUCGCUUUCGUGGUAUACGGCGAUGCUGUUCACAUGAAUGGCGUCUACAAUGGCCUCGGAGGAGUGAGUCAUCGAGCCCGAAUUCCAAACUAUGCCAACAUUCAGUUGGUAAACUGCGCCGCUACUGUUGUCAAUGUCACCGGUUGUAACUACCAGCUGGAUAUGAAGAACAACAUGUUCCGGACGGUUUAUGAUGAUCCACUUGGGUAUUUUCGGGUGGUGCACGACGUCUACCCGCAUCGGUUUUUCGAUAAAGCAAUCGUCAACAAAAUCCGCAUUCAGCGUCUAAGCUCACAAAAUUUGAUAUCGGUUCAGAUACAACGAUAUCCAGGCUCAGCUAGUGUGGAUAUUACCUUCAAUCAACCACAACUGGUAGAUAUCAACGGGGUGAUUUACAACCGGCAUUGUGGUGUCACGAAACAAGUUGAAGAUUCUCGCUACCAAAACAGCGGACACGAUGUAUGCGUAUAUUUUAGUCAGCUGCCGCUGAAACUGGACCUAACUACGGACAAAACUGCAGAGGAAUUCUUUUUCCAUACUGUGUUCGCCACCACGACAACGGCAGCAGAAAAUGAAAUCCGUGCCAUGGCCAAUGCCGACGUUGAGGGACUGCAUAUACGAGAAAUGAAUCGUAUUUGGAGUCAAUACGGAAUCACCGUCGAAGGCAACGACAACUUGGAUCGCGUUCUCAAGGCCAGUUCUUUCUUUCUAUCUAGUUCUUUGCCUGGUGCCAACACUUAUCAACCGAGUAACUAUCCAUUCUAUGGUCUGUCACCCUCUGGUCUCGGUCGUGGCGGAGAAGAAUUGAAAGAAUAUCAAGGACACGGCUUCUGGGAUACGGAGAUGUGGAUGUAUCCACCGGUGCUGUUGAUGGAUCCCCUGAACGCUCGUAAGCUACUACGAUAUCGAACAGUAGUUCAACAAGCGGCUGCUGAUAAUGCCGCCAAGAAUGGUUACGAAGGAUGGCAGUUCCCUUGGGAGUCUGCCUUUACCGGGGCAGAGGUAACACCGGAUUGUUGUCCUCAUGUGUCGAACUUUCAACAUCACAUUACCGCGGAUGUCGCAUACGCGGCGCGGUUAUAUUACUACGCAACUCAGGAUAUAGAUUGGAUGCGCUCGGAAGGUUGUCGGUUGGCAUACGAAACGGCCAAGUUUUGGAGGAGCCGGGCUGAGUACAAUAACAAGACGGAUUUGUACGACAUUCAUCGUAUCAUGGGCCCUGACGAGGAUCACCACAAUAUUAGCAACAACGUGUUUACCAAUGUUGUAGCUGCACAUAAUCUAAUGUUUGGAAGUUUUGCCGGAUGCCUGUGCGAGGGAGUCGUCGAGUCAUCGGAAAGCGAACGCCAAGAAUUUACGAAAAUUGCUCGAGCUCUAACGUUGGUGUAUGACGAAAUGAGGGAUUUCCAUCCGCAAUAUGCCGGUUACACGCUUGGUGCCAUGAUCAAACAGGCUGACGUAGCUUUGCUUGGUUACCCACUGGAGUUCCCGAUGAAUGGAUCCACAAAGGAAAACAAUCUGCGGUAUUACGCCUAUGUCACCCGUUCGGAUGGGCCUGCUAUGACCUGGGCGAUUCACACGAUCGGUUUCCUGGAUUUGGAACAAUUUGAUUUAGCUGCGACCAUGUUCGAAAAAAGUUACAAACAAUACAUGCGAGAACCGUAUAACGUAUGGAGCGAGAAUGGUGAUGGAUCUGAGGGUGCCGGGAAUUUCAUCACUGGAGCCGGUGGUUUCCUACAAUCCGUCAUCAAUGGGUACGCGGGAGUUCGUCUGCGACACGGUGAACUUGUCAUCAGCUCACCACGGGUUCUUCCUCAUACUACCCGAUUGUACAUUCCGGAAAUCAAUUACUUGGGUGUUAAGUUUUUCCUGGACAUCAAGCCGGACCAAGUUUUGAUUGGAGUUAAACAAGGUUCCCUAUUGAAUGUGGUAAAGAUUUUCAUUGACGAUGUGGAGCAAAGCUUGUGCGAAACCUGUUCGACUUCGUUCAAUAAACGUGUGGUGAUCAGACCAGCGAUCGAACCGGAACUGAAAGGAUGUAAGUUGCAUGAAACUCAAAUCGGCAUCAAAGUGGCAGACCAAGACAACUCCGGAUUUACAUCACGGAUCAGCCCCGUCGUCAUCAUUACCCUGCUGAUAGCGUUCAUUCUGAGGAAGUUGUUAUGACCAUUAAUGCAACAUCACGUUCCGAGUACGGAAAAUGAUAUUAGUAGAGGGAACAACAGUAGAAAGAAACGAAAGAUGCAGCGGGUUCCCAAACGGUUACGACAUCAGUCGUAACGAUUGUAAUGUAGUAGGUAAUAAAUUUUUGUUUGGUUUCGAAAUGAAAAAAAAACAACAAUUAGAAUGUGCAGAAGGAUCUUUUGCAAUUUCUAUUUCGGGAGGCGCAUUGAUAAAGAUAAUUCAGUUUGCAGACUCUUGACACUAGCAGCCAUCGAUGAUCGAUUUGAGACGAAAUUCUGCGAUAACCGUUCUUUAAACCAUCCAAUAGCAAACAAUGGGAGUAGAGUUAUCUUAUCUACUAAAACAAUUGGAGUAGCAUUUGCUGUUCCGUUCAAUUGGUUUAAUUUGUAAUCAAAACGCUUAUAUUGAGCGUGUUUUAGCCAAGUAAUGGAGCGGUUUCGUUUAUUACACUACUCUUAACUAGUGUACCAUUGAUAUCAUUUUCUGUUUUACAUUAUUGUAGAAACAGUAUACGUAAAUCGAAAACACUACACCCAAACCUCCAUUUAUGAACCUUAUAUAUGUAUGCUUACACACUCACCUGUCUGCAUAUAUGUGUAUAUAUUUAUACAUAUAAAUGAUCGUUUUUACUUCACCAAUCUUUAUAUGUAUUAAGAAAUACAAACAUUUUCACACAUGCGUACGUAUAUUAAUACAUAUGUAAAGUACGUAAAUGGCGGUUUGGGUGUAUCAGUGUUCAUCAGAAACAGUACCAUAAUCCUUCUACCCUUCUAUUGGUCUUGUCGAUAAAGAUCAUUAGCCAUUGGAGUAGAUUUUUUUGUCGUGAAUACGACUUACUUUACUAUGGGUUGCCUUUUCAAAAUUUACCCUCUGAGAGAGUGAUAAGUUUUUGAUCGUGAAUAUCUUUUGUUGUAUCUAACGAAUCAACGUAAUUUUUGCUACACCCCAUCGGAAAUAUGAUCACAAUUUUAUGAUAAAAUUUUCGUUUGUGUGACAUAAUCUCAAAUAAUUCAAAAUUAAACUUUUCUGAAAUGUUUGGUAUAAACGAGUAUCAAAGGGGAUGAUCCAUUAGGCGCGUUUGCCUUGCUCGUAUUUUUAAAGCUCAUAGCUCAGUGAUCUGUGAAAGGAUUUAUAUAAUCUAAUUACCAAUAGAAUCGAAAUUUUUCAACUUAAACGUGUAUAGCAAAAGCAUUGAAGUAUUUCAAUAAUACACCAUUGAAAAACCUGUCUCAUUCGACCCAUGUUAACAGCAGCCAAUCAGAACGCAUUCUGAGGAAGAGAACAAAAUAUCUGCUGCUGUAUAACAAAUAGAUCGAGAAAAAUGUUCCGAAAAGUGUUGAAUAUCGUAGUGAGUUCCUCAAUUUAGUCGUUCUGAAUGCUAGAAACGAAUCUCUACAGCAUAUUGAUAGUUACUUUCAAUAAAUUAGGCAAAUCCGAAAAGAAAUAAUCGACAUUAAAAUUCUGUAUGCGGCUAUUUUUAUAGCCGUUAUGACCGCCCAUUAAUGAAAAAGUUACAAACGAAAUCAGGUAAAAACAAGCCUCUCAACAAAAAUUGAAUCAGUUUGGAUUUUAUCGCCACUGCGAGCAGAUGUAUUUUGUGUCGUUUGCAAAGCUAGUUUCGCUUCCGACAAGAGCGAUUACGUCACCGCUGCCAGUCAUUUGCAUUGGUGAAAAAGCAACGGUGGAGAGCAUUACACAAAAUCAGCCGUUCUAAUGGCUCCAAAAGUUUUCUAAAGAAAUAUUAGGAUUUCUUGCUCACAAAUAGAAGGGAAAUAUCCUCAGUUUGGUGCAAAUCUAGAACUGUUUGAUUUGAUUUUUGCACUUUUUGCUGUGUGAAAUUCACAGUAAUCUAGAUCAAGUAAAGCCUUCUUUGUUUUUUUUUGCGAAAAAUGUGGAAAAGGGGAAUGCUUGCAUAAUUCAUACAAUUGAUCAACUAAUUGAUAUUCGGAAGUGUUUAGGAACAUGUCAGUUGUUUUCGUAUUCACGACAUCCAGUUAUGUCUCUGACAUUACCCACCCGCCUUUUUAUAUGUACUCAGGGCCUAAUCUUUCUUGAGCCCAACAGUAAUGACAAAAAGUUCCUCCAAAACGAAGCUCGCAUCGAUUGUACGUGGGUUUGUACGAUUACCUACUGCAAACACAUGAAUAUGUCAAUUGUUAUUCUUCGACGUCAUCAUAGACAGACCGAUUCGCCUAAAUCAAUCUUCAAUCCGAUGUAUGUUGUCAUCAUCACAAUGUCCGUGUUAUUUAUUUGUUCAGUUAAUCGUCUGUUCAUUCCUUCCCAAAUUAGCGGUUCAAUGCAAAGGUAACUGAUCUUACGAGUCAGUAGUCGUAUGUCCGAGCCCCCGACCUAGAAGGAUUCUUAUGUCGUUUUUCAUUGAAAAACACUGGUGGCGUCGAUUGCUCUGGUGUUGCACUUUCGAGCAGAAGUGCAAUUUUUUACCGGUGUUUUAUUGUCAUUUCUGCUUGAAAGCGCAAAACCAGAGCAAUCCACGCCACCAGUGUUUUCAAAUGAGAAAACGCCAUUAGCGUCAGUAGGAUCGUAACACCAACCAUGCAAUGGUUUUACUACCCUAUGAAUCGGCUGAUUCAUAGGUCAAAUUAGACAUAAAUAAUGUAAUACCAAGGCUUUGCUUUACUAGGGUCAUUCCAGCUGAUCAUAAUAGUUUCCUUCUCUUCGUCGGGACUCAUCUCUUGUGAGCAAUGCACGCUGAUGAUGUUGUAAUUGAAAAAACGACCUUUAGUAAGCAUAUUUCAAACAAAAAUUGCCUAGGAAACCUGUUUCUAAAACUAUGCAAGACCCACAGCUCUGAUAACCGCUUCUGAUUCACCAUUUUAUUUGACCGAGCUUUGAAAUCGGUAUAAGAGCAUAUUAUACCUUAUGAUGAAAAAAGAACCGGAAUUUUCAUUUUUUAAAUUCCCGCGCUUGUCCAAUCGGUAAACUUUUAUUCUCUCAACGUUGGCAACACUUUUAUACACAUUCUGUCAAAUUUUGACGCAUAUCUUACGAUUAGUUUUUGUUUGGCGUCUAUACAAAGAAGUUGAAAAAUUUUCGUGUGGCGAUUUUUAUAAUGGAUGAAAAUUUAGAACAACGUGCGUGCAUCAAAUUUUGUGUUGCAAAUGGAUUUAAGUGUUCCGUAAUGUUGAAAAUGUUAGAAAAGGCCUUUGGUGAAUCUUGUCUAGGAAAAACACAGGCAUACGAGUGGUUUAAACGCUUCAAAGGUGGUCGUACAAGCUUGGAUCAUGAUGAGAUCCCUGGCCGCCCAACAACAUCUGUUACUGAAGAAAACAUUGAAUCGGCGAAGCAAAUCGUGUUGCAAAAUCGUUCUGUACCGAUUAGAGAGAUUGCUGUGUUAUUCUGCAUCUCUUAUGGAUCAGCCGAACACAUUUUAACUGAUGUUUUGGGUUUGAAACGCGUCGCUUCUCGGCUGGUGACAAAAAAGCUGAAUUUCAUUCAAAAACAGCGUCGUGUUGAUGUGGCCAAAGAGAUGAUUUCCAACGCAGAUAGUGACCUCACAUUCAUCGAAUGCAUCAUAACUGGUGACGAGGUGUGGAUCAAUGAAUAUGACGUCGAAACCGCACAACAAUCGACCGAAGGGCGCUUCGAAGGCGAGCCGUUGUUCUAAAUUUUCAUCCAUUAUAAAAAUCGCCAAACGAAAAAUUUUCAACUUCUUUGUAUAGACGCCAGAUAAAAACUAAUCGUACGAUAUGCUUCAAAAUUUGACAAAAUGUGUAUAAAAGUGUUGCCAACGUUGAGAGAAUAAAAGUUUACCGAUUGGACAAGCGCGGGAAUUUUAAAAUGAAAAUUCCGGUUCUUUUUUUAUCAUAAUGUAUAUCUUUCAAACCUGGUAUUAAUUCUAGGGUGUGUUUCGGUCACUAGAUUCUGCUUCAUCGUUCGGUUCGGAUAUUUAUCAAUUCACAGCUCCAGUACCACCCGGAUCAUACUCAAGCGUUCAUAUGACCGCUUAUUCACAAUAGAAAAGAAAAAUGCCAACCUUUUCAUGAUAUUUCGAAUUGUUCUCGUCAGUGUCUCCAUAGGAAAUGCAUACAAUUAAUCACAGAAAACAGGCAUCCAAGUAGAGGUUUCAAUAUGUGUAAGAAAUUUAACGGUUGUUUUAAAAAGUAAUCACCAAGUAGCAAUUCGCCUAUAGAGGCGCUUCGAGCAGCCCAAUAAUCCCUUAUGGGAUCUUGUGUUCGAGCAUUCAUACAAUGGUAAUUAAUGCGUGCAAAGUCGUGCGUAACGGUGAUUUUUAACGGAUUUUUACUUGUAUGCUUUACACAGCUUUUUUGAAAAAGUUUGUACUAGCUUGGAUGUCUGUUCUCUGUGAAUCAAUGUUGUCAUUCCGUAACCGUUCUAUUCUGGUGAUGGUCGCGUAAUUGCACGUGUGCAUCGCACUUAUAUAUUAUUUUUCCGGCUACCUGCCACGACGCCAUCUUAAUUAGAUCAAAAUUGGACCUGAUUACAGCGGAAACAAUCAGUAAUACCUUACCUUACCUAACAGCUAUAGGCCUGGGGUGUCCUUUGCUGUAUCAAGAAUACGUCUCCACAUAACUCGGUCCAUGGCUGCUCGUCGCCAGCCACUCAAGGCACGGGUGCUGCUGAGAUCACCUUCCACUUGAUCGAUCCACCUUGCUCGCUGCGCUCCUCUUCUUCUUAUACCAGUCGAAUUAGAUGAUUGAAGAACCAUUUCAACUGGGCUGUCGUCCGACAUUCUUAUGACAUGCCCAGCCCAUCGUAGACGUCCGAUUUUAGCUGUCCGUCCGUGAUAGGUGGUUCUCCUAGCAGCUGUUGCAAUUCGUGAUUCAUACGCCGUCUCCACGUUCCGUCUUCCAUCUGCACUCCGCCAUAGAUGGUCCUCAGUACCUUUCUUUCAAAAACACUGAGGGCGCGUUGGUCCUCUGCCAACAUAGUCCAAGUCUCGUGGCUAUAGAGAACAACCGGUAUAAUGAGCGUUUUGUAGAUGGACAAUUUCGUGCGUUGGAGUACUUUUCUCGAUCGAAGGGUUUUUCUGAGUCCAAAGUACGCACGAUUCCCUGCCAAAAUACGUCUAUGAAUUUCUCUGCUGGUGUCAUCAUCGGUGGUCACCAGUGAGCCCAAAUACACGAACUCGUCAACCACCUCGAUAUCGUCACCGUCUAUCAAUAUUCGUGGUAGGAGGCGUAGUGUUUCUUCUCUAGAGCCUCUUCCUCUCAUGUAUUUUAUUUUCGACGCAUUUAUGGCCAGUCCGAUACGCCUAGCUUUAGCUUUCAGUCCGAUGUAGGUUUCCGUCAUCUUCUCAAGGUUACGUGUUACAAUAUCAAUAUCGUCAGCGAAGCCAAAAAGUUGUACGGACUUUCGGAAGAUAGUGCCACUCGUGUCGAUCCUCGCUCUUCGAAUCACACCUUCCAAGGCAAUAUUGAACAAGAUACAAGGGAGUCCAUCACCUUGCCGUAGCCCUCUCCGAGAUUCGAAGGGACUCGGACGUAGCACAUCACUCUAUCCAUCGUUACUUUGACCAAUCGCGUCAGUUUAUCCGGGAAACCGUAUUCGUGCAUGAUCUGCCAUAGCUGUUGUCGAUCGAUUGUGUCGUAUGCCGCUUUGAAGUCAAUGAAUAGGUGAUGCGUCGGUACGUUGUAUUCACGACACUUCUGGAGUACUUGUUUUAUCGCGAAUAUGUGAUCCGUAGUGGCGCGGGUUCCAGUAAAUCCCGCUUGGUAAGGCCCUACGAAUUCCUUGGCUAUUGGUGAUAGACGACGGCAAAGGAUUUGGGAGAGUACCUUGUAAGCGGCGUUCAGCAAUGUGAUUGCGCGAUAAUUGCAACAAUCUAGCUUAUCGCCCUUUUUGUAGACGGGACAUACCACUCCUUCCAUCCAUUCCUGCGGUAGAAUCUCCUCCUCCCAAAUCUUAGAAAUCAUCCAGUGCAGCGCUCUAGCCAGUGCCUCUCCUCCAUGUUUGAGCAGCUCGCCUGGUAACUGGUCAUUGCCUGCGGCUUUGUUGUUCCUCAGCUUGCCGAUCUCUUCACUUAUCUCCGUCAGAUCAGGUGCUGGGAAUCUGUCGUCGGCUGAGCGUGCACCCAGAUUGAUUCCUGUGUCGUUCUCUGUAUCCUGUGCUUCGCCAUUUAAAUGCUCGUCAUAGUACUGCUUCCACCUGUCGAUCACCUCACGUUCGUUCGUGAGAAGGUUACCACUGGUAUCUCUGCACAUUUCGGCCUGUGGCGUGAAGCCUCUACGUGAAUUUCCGUGUAUCAUUUGCGCGGUACAGCUGUUCCAUCGCUUCGCGAUCUUGAUCUUCCUGGUGGCUCUUUUUCCUCCGGAAAACCGUGUUCUGUCUGUUCCGUGCCUGUCUGUAUCGUUCCUCGUUCGCUGUAGUGCGGUGUUUCGGCAUCCUCGCCCUUGCUGCAUUCUUCUCUUCGACCAACUGCUGCUAUUCGCCGUCAAACCAGUCAUUUCCUCGAUUCGAUAACCUCGUACCUAGAACGGUUGAAGCAGUGCUACUCACGACGGAUGCUAUAUUCCUCCAGCCGUCUUCAAGAGUCGCCGCGCCAAGCUGCUCUUCCGUUGGUAGCACUUGCUCCAGUUGUUGCGCGUAUUCCUCUACAGUACGCACGCUACGUGCUCGAGAUUGAAUCCCGGAGUUCCUGUGCGACGAUUGUUGUGCACCGUCGAUAGUUUUGGGCGCAUACAAACUGCAACAAGGUAGUGGUCAGAAUCAAUGUUGGCACUGCGGUAGGUGCGGACAUUGAUGACGUCGGAGAAGAAUCGCCCGCCGAUGAGAACGUGGUCGAUUUGAUUUUUCGUAUGUUGAUCAGAUGAUCUCCAGGUGGUUUUGUGGAUAUCUUUGCGGGGGAAGAAGGUGCUUCGAACUACUAUUCCUCGGGAGGCUGCAAAGUUCACGCAUCGUUGGCCGUUGUCGUUUGUUACCUCGUGCAGGCUCUCCAGCCCGAUCACAGGCCUGUACUUUGUCUCCCGGCCUACCUGAGCAUUCAUGUCGCCGAUGGCAAGUUUUACAUCCCGCCGUGGACAGCUGUAGUAGGUUCGUUCCAGCUGCGCGUAGAAUGCUUCCUUCUCGUCAUCGGGUCUCGUCUCAUGUGGGCAGUGCACGUUGAUGAUGCUGUAAUUGGCCCUUGAUCUUCAAUACGCACAUUCUAUCACUGAUUGGCUGCCACCCAAUCACGCGCUGGCGCAUCUUGCCCAACACUACGAAUCCCGUUCCUAGAACGCUCUGGUAGAAGGUAGCCGCUCGAUGCAAACUUUUCCACACCUUCUGUCCCGUUCAACAAAGUUCCUGCAUUGCUACGACAUCGAAGCCGCGGAUUUGAAGCUCAUCAUGCAGCAUUCGGUCGUAUCCUGGGAAGCCAAGAGAUUUGCAGUUCCAUGUGCCAAGCUUCCAAUCGUAGUCCUUAUUUCGUCGCGUAGGUCUUUGCCGAUUAUUCCGAGUCGUAUUUUUAUCCUGAUUUUGCGUAACAAGUGUUUUCCGAACGGCUUGUUAGGCCUGCACCAACCUCCUGUCUCGCCGGAGGGCCAUCGUGUCAGCACUGUUUAGAGUCCCACACUGGCACAAGGACGGUAAUCAGCCGCUCCUAACAUGGAGAACAGAUGCUGUUUCGAGCCGCCCCAACAUGGGGAACAGACGCUCCGGUAGGCUUGCUCUCUGUAAAGAGAAAGCAAGCCCCCCUUCCCUGUCAGCAUACGACCAAGGUCCCACCGGGGUUGGUUAUCCGAUCUUUCCUAUAGUUACUCGUACCCCAGUCGGCGCCGCGGGGAGGUAGGGAUAGGAGUUACUGGACAAGAGACUAUCAACCACAUUGGGGCCUGAAUUGCGCAUUGUCCAGUCGUUUACCAACCAACAAUCAGUAAUGCAAUCGUUUUAUGGUUUACCUAGUUUGAAGCACGUGAUUAUUGAGUCGAUUCUAUCACAAUAACUUGUCGAUUUGCCUAAAAUACAGGAGAUACAGUUUUGGGACAUCAAGUGGAAGAUUUUACACUAAAAUUACAUAACCUCACAAAAUGAGCCGAAUGAACAUCGUUUGUCAGCUAUGAGUGAUUUGUUUACAUGUUCAUUCUGCAUCAUUCCAUCAGACCCUGUCAGCUUGGAGUGAAAUCAAUCUUCACUUCCGCAACGCCAUCGCACGGCAUCACAUUCAAAAAUAUCAUAUCAAUAAUAUGGAUGCGCGGUGCUACUAUUUUGGAUAUCUUGUUAAUCUUGUUAAUAUGAUGUCGUUGAUUCCAUGCUAUUAGGUUUUGUACGAACAUAACAUAACCUCACAAAAAUGAGCAAAAUGAAUCAUUUUUGACAGCUAUCAGUGGUUUGUUUAUGUGUUCAUUGCGUUCAUUCUAAUUUGAAUACUUGUUAAUAGAUAUGUAAACGAACCACUGAUAGCUGUCAAAAGAUGAACUUGAUUCAUCUGCAGUUCAUUGGUUUGCACGAACAUGCCAUAACCUCACAAAAUGAACAGAAUGAACUUUUUUUAAAAGUUCAUCAGAGGUUCAUCGUUCGAAUGUAAAAAUUACACACUAAACAGAUUCACACAUAUAUCGCUCCUUGAUGUUGAUGUCCGCAUACAGGGCAAUCUUUUUAGUUCUUUUCACUGCGGAAUACGUUUUUAACAGGCACUUUUUCGUCAUUUUCUCAAUUUUUAACUUGCAGUCGCAAAACAAAACAAGUACACGGCAACUGUCAAAGAUGAAUUUGAUUCAUCGGCAGUCGUCAUCGUGCAAAACCUAAUGUUUGUUUACAGUUUAAAAGUUCAUCAGUUGUUCAUCAUUCGAAUUUUAAAAAUGGAAGUCGCCUCACACUAAACAGAUUUAUACAAAUAUCACUCCUUGAUGCUGGUAACGCAUACAGGGCAAUCGUUUUAGUUCUUUUCACUGUGGAACACGUUUUUAACAGGCAUUUUGCCGUCAUUUUGCAAUUUUUUAUUUGCAGUCGCAAAAUAAAACAAACACACGGCAGCUGUCAAAGAUGAACUUGAUUCGUCGGCAGUUCAUAGGUUUACACGAACAUGACAUAACCUCAUAAAAUUAACUUUUUUGACAGCUACCGGUGGUUUGUUUACAGUCUAAAAGUUCAUCAGAGGUUCAUCGUUUGAAUUUAAAAAUUGCACGUCGCCUCACACCAGUGGCGUAACGAGAAAAUUUGGCGCCCGGGGCAAAAUAAGAUUUGCCGCCCCCAUCAGAUACGUCAACGUCUCACACUAAACAGAUUUAUACAAAUAUCGCACCUUGAUGCUGGAAACGCAUACCGGGAAAUCUUUUUAGUACUUUUCAUUAUGGAACACAUUUUUAACAGGCACUUUUUCGAUAUUUUGCAAUUUUUAAUUUGCAGUCACAAAACAAAACAAAUCACCGGUAGCUGUCAAUAUUCAUCGACAGUUCAUUUGUGUCGUCAUCGUGCAAAAUCUGAUUUGAGAGCCGCGAUUUGUAACAAAACAUCGCAGUGUUUGGGGCCCAAAACGCGAGGGGCUCAACGUAAGCGAUGUACUUUCAAAUGGCUGGUGCUAACAUACCGGUGUCAUAUGUCUGUUAUGUUUGUUUUCAUCACGAAAUAUGCUGGCCACCAAUUUUUCAUUGGGGACGUCGUUCUUUUUUCAUCGGACAUAGAAACCUCUAUUUGGUUGUACAAGAUGACAUCACAAAUGAACUCUUUAUCAAUAAAAUUCAUGCCUGACAUGUACCGUGAUUUGUUUACAUUUUCAAUAACACGUAUUCAAAUUAGAAUGAAAAGGUAACGAAAUCAACGGUAGCUGACAAAUAAUCUGCGAAUGUUUUGAGGUUAUGUGAUGUUCGUUGUAAAACCCAAUUAGGUUUUUUACUGUCACGGCUAACCUCAAUCAGAUGAACACAUUUUGACAACUCAGCGAUACUGUUUGUAAACAGAUUUUUUUGUUUGUCUGUUGACAAACGGUCCCCGGUCCAUAUCGCCUAAAUAAAGUUUCAAAACAUUUGCUAACGAUUCGAUGAAGUUCGUUUCAGAUAUUUAUUUAAUGAAAGUAACUAGUUGUGAAGUGUAAAUAUGAUUGUUUGAGAUGUGUUCCUCGAUUUUGUUUAAACUUUAACUGCUAAGGAUGAUAAAUUGAUAAUCCACGACGAAAAUCGUAAUAAAUCAUUGCACGAAAAUGUUCACGAUUCAAUUCCACUCGCUGUAAACAAAACAAAUAGCGUUCAAAUGACAGUGUUUUCGAAACACGGAAUUAUUAUGGAAAUCGGUUGAACAGAGUAGAGUUCUGGAUUUUUCGAACUGUUUCGGUUGCAAAACAAUGCUUUGGACUUCAUAUUUACUUCAUGGACAGAUUAUUCCAAACAGUAAUCAACUCCCACUAUAAAAACAAAACAAACCAUUGCCGGUGAUCCUUACAACACUUUUAUUUCACCUUGCAGUUAUAUUGAUUUCAAUGCGUAAUGUCAAACCAAAUCACUAUCAAAACAUUCUAAAACUAAUCACUGGAAGCGCUGAAACAGAGUGAAUAAAGGGCCCGGGCUCGAAGAGCAUUUUAAGCAGCUUGAAGUUUUAUAUGGAAGACGGAUAAUAGAACUGAAACUGUAACAAACGUAUCACUGGCAAGUCAUUUUUUUAUUCGAAUAGUUCUACUGUCCAAUUUAAAACUAGCAUAGGCAGCCAUUUUAUUUUUUCUAUCAGCCAUUCGAUAACGUAAUCGACAAUAAUAUUUUAAAUAACACCUUGAAUUUUCUCGGAGUUUCCUGAGGUCAUGUCGAAAAUCUUAGACGAUUUGAUUACUAUUUGAAUGGCAAAAGAAAGGCAUUAUCACACCACUAAGUGAAUAAGGAACAGAUUUUUCAUAUUGGAAACACGAGUAAACACUGUUGAAGUUGACAAGUUUUUUUUCUUCUAUACUCAAAUGUUAAAAGUGUUAUAGAUCAUGCAUCUACAACUAGGUAGAACACUCUUGAAUAUGAUAAAAAAUUUGAAUAGUUCCGUAAAGUGUCGAAUUUAUACAAUAAACAGCAAUCAGCAUUACGUAAUGGGCAAUAUUAGAGUGACGAAAUCAAUAAAGCAAAAUAUGUCAUCAGAAAUGUUAGCGACAGGACGUUUGCUAAUGUAGAAUGAUUCUGACUGAAAGCAACCGUCACUCACCUUAGGUUGAUGUCAGAUUGAGCGCGGAACGCGGAGCGUCGAGGCGCGCGUGCGAGCAAGUUGCAUUUGAUAAAAGCAAACCUGUCAAAGUGAAUGCGAUGCGAAAACAGUACAUCGCAUUGAAUCGCUUCGCUUCGGUCCGCGUUCCGCGCUCACUCUGACAUCAACCUUACGGUUCAUCUAGACAAGCUUCUCGCAGCCUUCUUGAUUAUUUAUUUUAUAAUUUUUCAGUACACUACUUUGAAAAUACGAAGUUGAAGUGAGUUUCAAAAAAAAUUGUUUUGUUACUAGCUGACAAUUGAAACAUGUUUUUCUCUCAUGUAAGAAUUUAACAUAACUUAUUCGGUUUUGGUUUAUGCUGAAUAGAUAGCGUUUGAUUUUAGAACACGAUCUGGAACAAUCGAAGGAAUGUGCAGACAAAUUGUUAUUUCUAUUUGCAAUUUUCUAAUUUUUAUCAUUCAAUCCAGGAAUGAAAUUUUGAAUGUACAAUUUUAUAAUUUAGAAAUAGAGUGUAGGUUAAAAAGUCUUCGAGUUAAAUAUGCAAAACUUUUGUUAACUAAUAGUUAUAAAUUAAUCUCUAUUUUCCUAAUUUUGAAAGCAACAUUUCGUCAACGGUCCAUAAAAAACACAUUGAAAGCGAUAGACGAAUGAAACGAUUAUGUAUAGUCAAAUAAGGUUAAAUUUAAAAAGCCUAAUUCUUACUUAUUGUCAUCGAACUCCGUUGUUAUUUUCUAUCGGUAGUAUGAUAGAGACAUUUGAGUUUUUUUUUAUUUUAUUCCAUUUGGGAGCUUUUUCGCUUUUUCAUUCAGAACAAUCUGUUUCUCAUUGGGUAUUAAACUAAGUUGAUAAAAAUAAAGAGUUAAACGGCAAUUAAGUUGGUUAGAUUUGUAAAAGUAGACAUUAGUUGAUUCAUGCGAUAGUGGUUUCUCCCUUUUCGUACACUGUAAAUUGGGUGCUACUAGAAAUUGAAUAUUUCAAUAGUACUCAGAAUGGAAAUAUAAAAACAAACAACUAAAAUUUGGCUUGAAAUUACUUCUUCCUUAUAUUACCGAGAUUUUGAUUGACUUUGUGCACUUUGCCUUGAUUCUGAGUGGAUUUUACUAAACAUCCCAUUAAAAAGCAUAAACUCAGAAUCCAAGUGGAGAAGUGAAAAUUUUUCCAAUUAUUUUUAAAUAGACAAAA